UCUAAAACACAUAGAUCUUCAGUUGCGCAUCAGAUGCAGACAGUAAUGCGCACUAUUUUUUUACACAUUUAAUUACGCGCAGAUCGCAGUGCGUGAAAACGCAAAUCAUGUCCAGAUCAAACAGCGUCAGUCCCCCAGGAAUCGGGGCCCCAAGCAUUCGAGCGGCCUCCGAGCACAGAUCCGCCUGGGCCGAGGCCGAAUCCCUGUCCAACGGAUGUCCGUACCCGGCCAGAUUUUCCAGCAGAAAGCUAACGCGCACCAGCAGCCGCUGGAGGAGGGACGAGGACGAUGAAGAGGAGGAGGAGGUGGAGGAGAGGAUAGACAGGACAGGACGCCACAACUCGACCGUGGCCCGGGUCAGUUUCAGAUCCAAAUCCGCCUGGCAGGAGAGCGUCAGACUGGACCGAUCGUCCCCGCGUCACAACGAUGGAGAAGUGAGACCCAAAUCCGUCGAGCUGGGCUUGGACGAGCGCGCUAGAUCCAAGGGCAGGUCGGAUGAGGAGGACGACAGCGACGAGGAGGUCGAGUUCUCCUUGAGCGCAUGCUGCCACGGAGCCAUGCACGUCUUCAGAUCCAAAAAGUUCCAGUCGGAGAAGUUAGAGAGGCUGUACCAGCGUUAUUUUUUCAGGCUGAACCAGAGCUCGCUGACCAUGCUGAUGGCCGUGCUGGUGCUCGUGUGCGCAGUGAUGCUGGGGUUCCAGUGCGCCGCGAGACCCUGGCGCCCCGUGGUUCUCGUGUUCUCGGCCGCGAUCGCGCUCGUGCUGGUGCUCAUCGUGGCCUGUAAUCGCACCGGUUUUCAUCAGGACCACAUGUGGCUGGUGUGUUACGUGGUGAUCGCGGUGGUCAUGCUGGUGCAGGGGGUGGGAGUACUGCUAGUGCGGCCGCGCAGUGCUUCAGAGGGCAUCUGGUGGACGGUGUUCUUCAUCUACGUGGUGUACACGCUGCUGCCGGUGCGGAUGCGCGCCGCUGUCAUUACUGGACUCACGCUUUCUGCCAUCCACGUGUUCGGGUCCUGGAAGCUCAACGAGGCAGAUCCGUUUUUGUGGAAACAGCUUGUUGCCAAUGUGCUGAUUUUCUUCUGCACCAACAUAGUAGGAGUGUGUACACACUACCCAGCAGAAGGCUCGCAGAGACAGGCCUUCCAGGAGACUAGAGAAUGUAUUCAAGCUCGUCUGCACUCCCAGAGAGAAAACCAACAGCAGGAACGCCUCCUCCUCUCUGUGCUUCCCCGACACGUUGCCAUGGAGAUGAAAGCCGACAUAAAUGCCAAGCAGGAGGAUAUGAUGUUUCACAAGAUCUACAUCCAGAAGCACGAUAAUGUGAGUAUCCUCUUUGCUGACAUUGAGGGCUUUACAAGUCUGGCAUCCCAGUGCACAGCUCAGGAACUGGUCAUGACCCUGAAUGAGCUUUUUGCAAGAUUCGACAAGCUGGCAGCAGAAAACCACUGUCUGAGGAUUAAGAUCUUGGGGGAUUGCUACUACUGUGUGUCUGGCUUGCCAGAGGCCCGGGCUGACCAUGCACACUGCUGUGUGGAAAUGGGAGUGGACAUGAUUGAGGCCAUCUCAUUGGUGAGAGAAGUCACCGGAGUCAACGUAAACAUGCGAGUGGGUAUCCACAGCGGCCGAGUGCACUGUGGGGUUUUGGGUUUGAGAAAGUGGCAGUUCGAUGUGUGGUCCAAUGAUGUCACUCUUGCAAAUCAGAUGGAGGCGGGAGGAAAAGCAGGCCGUAUCCACAUAACUAAAGCCACGUUGAAUUAUCUAAACGGUGACUACGAUGUGGAGCCUGGCUUUGGUGGAGAGAGAAAUGCCUAUCUAAAGAAGCACAACAUCGAAACGUUCCUCAUAGUGGGCUGCAGCCAGAAAAGGAAAGAAGAGAAGGCCAUGAUCGCCAAGAUGAAUCGGCAGCGCACAAACUCGGUCACCCACAACAGCUCUCACUGGACCGACCGGCCUUUUUACAACCAUCUAGGUGGCAACCAGGUCUCCAAAGAAAUGAAGAGGAUGGGCUUUGAAGACCCCAAGGACAAACAUUUCAUUUUCAGAAAUACUCAGGAAAACCUGAACCCAGAGGACGAGGUGGACGAGUUUUUAGGCCGCGCCAUUGAUGCUCGCAGCAUUGAUCGUCUGCGCUCCGAACACGUCAAGAAGUUCCUGCUGACCUUCCGCGAGCCCGACCUGGAAAAGAAGUUUUCGAAGCAGGUGGAUUCCAGGUUUGGAGCGUACGUGGCAUGCGCCACUCUUGUCUUCUUGUUCAUCUGCUUUAUCCAGGUCGUCAUUGUACCACACUCCACUCUGAUGAUUGGGUUCUAUGUGUCCGGUUUUAUCAUUCUGAUGGCUGUCAUGUUUGUAUCAGCUAUUUACUCCUGUUACGGGCUUUUUCCAUGGCCACUGCAGAACCUGGCCAAAAGGAUUGUUCAGUCUAGACUUAACAGCACUCUGGUGGGAGUCUUCACUAUCGUGCUGGUCUUUCUGUCAGCGUUCAUAAACAUUUUCACAUGCAGCACUGAUGAUCUGAAGUCAUGCUUGAGUCAGGAGUUUAACAUCAGCCUGAACAGUGUGAAUGCCUGCCACGUGCUCAACUCUGCCUUCAACUACUCACUUUCAUCCCAGGACAGGCUCUGUUACAGCUCAUCACCUGCCUGCAACUUCCCUGAGUACUUCUCAUCGUGUGUACUACUCAGCCUGCUGGCCUGCUCUGUAUUCUUGCAAAUGAGCAGCAUUGGGAAGCUCUUUCUGAUGCUCUUCAUUGAGAUCCUGUAUGUUAUCAUUGUGGAAGUGCCAGAGGUCACCCUGUUCGACAACGUGGAUCUGCUGGUGAUGGCCAAUGCCAUGAAGUACAUGAAUGGAACAAGCUGUAUGCCAGACUCCAGGGUUCCUCUGAAGAUCAUGACUCCAGUGGUCAUUACUGUCUUUGUCUUGGCGCUAUACUUACACGCCCAGCAAGUGGAAUCUACUGCCAGGCUUGACUUUUUAUGGAAGUUACAGGCCACAGAGGAAAAGGAAGAAAUGGAAGAGCUUCAGGCCUACAAUCGGCGACUCCUACACAAUAUCCUCCCAAAAGACGUGGCUGCUCAUUUCUUAGCUCGGGAGAGGAGGAACGAUGAGUUGUAUUAUCAGUCGUGUGAGUGUGUGGCUGUCAUGUUCGCCUCCAUCAGCAACUUCUCCGAGUUCUAUGUAGAGCUAGAGGCCAACAACGAGGGCGUGGAGUGUCUACGGCUUCUAAAUGAGAUCAUCGCUGACUUUGAUGAGAUCAUCAGUGAAGAUCAGUUUCGUCAGCUAGAGAAAAUCAAAACCAUUGGCAGUACAUACAUGGCUGCCUCUGGGCUGAACGACUCCACCUAUGAUAAGACCGGUCGCUCUCACAUACGUGCUCUGGCGGACUACGCCAUGCGCCUCAUGGAUCAGAUGAAGUACAUUAAUGAGCACUCCUUUAACAACUUCAAAAUGAAGAUUGGUCUCAAUAUAGGUCCAGUAGUUGCGGGAGUUAUAGGAGCUCGUAAACCACAGUAUGACAUCUGGGGGAACACAGUAAAUGUAGCUAGUCGCAUGGACAGCACAGGAGUUCCUGAAAGAAUACAGGUUACAACUGAUCUCUACCAAGUCCUCCAUUCCUACAACUACUCACUUGAAUGCAGAGGAGUUGUCAAAGUGAAGGGCAAAGGAGAAAUGAUGACCUAUUUCCUAAACGGUGGACCGAGCAGCAGUUAACAGACAGUGCAUUCAGAACACUAAUGACCUGAGAUGUCUUGAACGUGAUGGAAAGCAAACUGCCGGGCCUUGGCGUCUGUCUUUUCUGUCUGUACAAAGAAAGGAAUCGUACAGAAGUGGCGGUGCUUUGCCAUAGAAGAAAGCUUGGAGCUUAUUUUCCUAAAAUUGAGAGAAAAGUCAGUUGGAAGGUCAUCCACAGAGACAUUAGAGAGACCAAAGAAACAAAGGAAACUCAGACGUGCAGGGCAGGUCACUCUUUCAUAUUUUUCUCCUUAUGUGAAAGGGUGAACGCACGGCUCUGAUUCUUGAGGCUGUUCCGCCGAAUUCUGGCCAAAACUGUGUAAGGUACUGAAGUAUUUAAGAAUACAGAUGUUUUAUGUGUAUAUAAUGCAUCUGUCUGUAGGACGUACUGUAUGUUCACACAGUCGUAAUGUUCUCAAACACAACGUGGCCAUAUCUGAUUCAACGCUACAUACACCCUUCUUAUGAAUGUCUUCAGGCCUGGUGGAAAGAACAAUAUCAGUUCUUCUUUCAGUUUUGUUCUGGGCACUAUGCAAGCCAGAAUGAGACUGGUUGGAAGCUCCACAGGAAUGUUGUUUUUCACUGAAGAAAAUGUACACCCCCAAACUGAACUGAAGACACUUUGAAGGAUUGAGAGAGCAUCCGAGCCUGCGUUUAUUUUGUAUCUUCAACAUUUUGUAUUUUGUCUCGAAAAACCAAACUCUAUCAAAGCUAUUUUAGAUUCUAUAUUUUGUACAUUAAUAUAUUAGAGCAAUGUCUAUAAAUGCCAAUGUGUAUUCAGAUCUAUUUAUCUGAACAAAUUCUGCAACAAUCACACA